AUGUUUGUUUCCAGUCUCGGGUUCUUUGAUCAUGUUGCUCUCUCUAAGGUUCCUUCUUCUGGCAGCAUCGUCACACAGGAAUAUUCAUUCCUGGCUGAGCCACGCGCGUCAACAAUUGUUUUUCCGAGCUACACUUUGCUCCUAUGUCCCUCGAUGAUGAGAUUCAAGCUGAAAAAGUUCAAUGCUCUACCCGGGCCCUCCUGCCAUCCACACCUCCUUGGCGACCUCACUAUUCCGCCUUUGAACAUGAUAGUCCUACCACUUCCAGUCGCCGUUCACGCUCUCCUCCAAGCUCUCCCUCAGUCUAUGAUAUACUCAAAUAUAAAAAUGACAGUGGGCAGUGCUACCUCAGAUGCAGAUGAUGAUGCGUUCCCAUUGACACCUAAUUCUAAGCAAUCCAACGGCGAAUGCCGUAUCGCUGACACCUCUGCUGAGGCUGAAUCUCCAACUGCAAGUCAUUCUCCUGAGAACCAAUACAACAACGCUUUCCCUACCCAUAGCCGGGCCAGCUCGUCUGAAAGCAGACAUAUUUUGGAUAAAUUAAUGGACAACAUUACCAAUAAGGGUACUACAUCGGAAAGUAUCGAUCAGGAGGUCAAGGAAACGUACUUGAAGCACAUGGGACGGCUUAAUGCGAUCUCUUUACACCUCAAUGUUCGCGUCUUGGAAGCGAUUCGUGAACGCGAACGCAUGCUCUACUUUGCCUCAUGCUGGGACGUCGCACUAUUCGAAAGACGGAAAGAUGUGGCUGCCUUUGAGAGUGAAACAUCGAAAGCCAACUUCUGUGUUGUCGAGCAGGAUUUGCGAUCGGUAUUGGACAUCCUUGCCAAAUACCUGUCAUCACCUUGUGACGCAGCUACAGAUGGCCGACAUCUUGCUGUUACCCACGAGAGCAAGAGGAGAUGUAUCCGGCGGGCUGACAGUGCACUUGCCCUGGCGAAGCAUCAUGGUAGUCUUAUGGAGGAGAAAUGCUUUGCGGAUAACUAG